AUGGAAAAAAGAAUGUCGACAACAGGUUCUUCCUCAUCAUCGUCAUCUACAUCUUCAAACUCUCCACAAGCAACAACACCAUCAUCAAAUAAUAAUAAUAAUAACUCCAAUACAAAUAAUAAUAAUAAUAAUAAUACUGAUGGUAAUAAAGAACAAGAACACGAUGAAAAUAUUCAAAACGGAUUCUAUUCAAUAUCUUGUUUAAAUUGUAGAAAAUCCCAUCGAUCCUGCAAUAAACAAUUUCCAACAUGUUCUGAUUGUUUUGAAAGGAAUCAGGAAUGUAUCUAUGAAUGUCCAAAGAAGAAGGGACGUAAGAAGGGAAGUAGAAAUCAGAAAACUCUCGCAACAACAACAACAACUGAUAAUCAACAAGCUAAUAGAACAACAACAAAAUCUAGGAAACAAAAAACUAAUGCUGCAACUUCUCCUCCAGAAGCAACUAAUUCAUCCUCUGCCUCCUCAUCCUCUUCAAAUAAUGUAGUGGGUGUUCAACAACAAGAUGAUUAUACAGAUUUGUUGAAUUUAAUUAAUAAUUAUUCUCCAUCUUCCAAUCAAUCAACUCAUCAACUUAUUAGAAGAAUUUAUCAACCCUAUGUUAGAAUGCAACAACACUUUUUGAAUGAUAGUAUUAGAAAGAGAACUGUUGAUAUAUUCUUUGAAGUGGUAGGAAUGGGAUAUGAUAUCAUUAGUAGACCAAAAUUGGAACAAUUAGCAUUUGAUUAUAUGAAUGAUAAUAUUGAGGAGGAUGGAAUAUUUGCAAAGAAUGUUGGAUUUCAAGUUUCUGCAACGAGACACUCUGCAAAAGCAAUGCUCUUUGCUAUGCAAGCAAUGGGAGAACAACGAAUGGGAAAUUUGGAUCUUGCUCACAAGGCCUACAUGGAAUCGAGACAUCAAUUGACACAAUCAUUUGAUAAUAUUGAUAAUACCUAUGUGAAAAUUGCUUAUGGAUUAUUGUCUUGCUAUUUGGCAGGUGAGGGAGAUGAUGUGACUGCUCACUAUUAUCUCAAUAAUCUCCAACAUGCUCUCGAACGUCCAGCCACCAACAAUGCCUAUCUCCUCCUAGAGACUGGAGAUAUCAGCGAGCCAGAAAGACAAGCAAAGCAUUUCAAUACCUUUAUGCUGAAACAAAAAGUUUGCCUCGAUCACAACAAUCCACAAGAUUUGAAUAUUUGGGAAGGUUUCAUUUCAAUGUACACUGCCAAGACACAUGAAAAUCCUCCUCAAGUGAUUACAGAUAUUAUUAGACGACAACCUUCUCCUCAAUUGUUGGCAGUUGUUGAUUUGAUUAUUUCAGUAAUGAAUACUGCAUCAAAAUUACAUCUUUUCACAGAGAGUCAACGAAAAACAUCAGCUGUCUAUGUUUCCAUGAUGAAUUAUUCAGCAAAGAUUGCUGUCUUGCUCACUCUGGGAAUUCAAGGUGGCGCCUUGUUGGAUAAUCUGGCAGAUAGUGUUACUGCUUUGACUGAUAGUGAUAUUUUCAUGCUGUUGCCUUGUAGUGCCAUUCACUACUUUGCCAUUGCAAUGAAUUAUAGAGUGAAACAAUUCCAAUUUGUGCAAGCAAUUAUUCAACAAAAAUUGGAUACUGGAAGAAGUUUAAUGUCAAUAUUUGAAGACCAAUAUGAAAAACACUACUUUGAAAUGGUUAUGAAGGACAUGAAGGCCCUCACUAGAAUGAAUACCAGAUUUAAACGUGUGGAAAAGUACUAUAGCACUUUAAUUAGCAAUUUGAAAGCAAUUUUACAAUGGAAAUCGGAUAGAAUGGUGGAAAUUAUUCAAAAAAUUGGAUUUAUUUCAGAGCAUAUUGGAGUUGAACAAUUCAAUCCUUACCAGAAUACAUUGCACAAUGAACAAGUAAUUGGCUCGGCUCUAAGCAAACAAGCUUUACCAUCAUCUUCAUUUAUUUCAUCAUUUUCAUCAUUUGAAAAGAACACAUCAGCACCAACAAUUUCUCAAAGUGAUCAACAACUCCUUUUGGAUUCAUUGGAUAAUCUUCUCGGCUCUUCAGCAAAUAAUGACGAGUUCCUAAACUUUGACAUUCCAGAUUUCACAUCACAACAUUAAAUCUUUUGUAAUUC